AUGGCGGAAGAGCUGGAGCUGAGCUUUGGGGAAGCAGCCAAUGAGGAAGUGCUUUCCGAAGGUGGUGGCUGCAGGCCGGAGGCCAGGACCAGGCUGGCAGCCGGAAGCAAGGGCAGAUGUGCCCGUGCCUGCUGCCUGCUUCCGUUCCCCAUGCUGGCAGGGCUUUCCAUCUACCUGCUCCUCGGCCAGCCCUGCGCCCAGCGAGAAGACUGUGCGCAACUCCAGACUACCAAAGAACAGGAGUUCCAAUCUGCACCUCAGCUGUUGUACACACCUCCCAGAACUGAUGGAGAUAAGCCAAGGGCACAUCUGACAAUCAUAAAACAGAGUCCCACACCACACCCGCAGAAUCACUUUCCAGCUCUGCAUUGGGAGCAUGAACUAGGCUUAGCCUUCACCAAGAACCAGAUGAACUACACCAACAAAUCCUUGGUGGUCCCAAAGUCGGGAGACUAUUUUAUUUACUCUCAGAUCACAUUCCGGGGAACCACAUCUGAGUGUGCUUACAUCACCCAGGGGAGACGGCCAAACAAGCCAGACUCCAUCAUUGUGGUCAUCACCAAGGUAACGGACAGCUACCGUGAGCCCUCUCAGCUCCUCACAGGGGUCAAGUCUGUGUGUGAAAUUAGCAGCAACUGGUUCCAGCCCCUCUACCUUGGUGCCAUGUUCUCCUUAAAAGAAGGGGACAAACUGAUGGUGAAUGUCAGUGAUGUCUCUUUAGUGGAUUACACAAAAGAAGACAAAACCUUCUUCGGUGCCUUUUUGCUCUAGGGGCAAAGCAGGCAUCAUCGUGUGAUGCUAUUCUGUUUCCUCCUUCCCAAUU